AUGUGGCGACUUACGUUCUACGCUGUCAUCGAUGCAGACAGCAAGAUUCCUCUUGGUAAUUUACAUCAAUAUCAACCCCCCACCUCGAACGAUGCAUUAGAAUUGCUAAGAAGCAAUCUCGCCGUUUUCGAGCAGUGGAAGCCAGUGGUAGAGAAAAUUUACCCCUGCGUUGUGCUUGAGGGGCCCUUCAAGGGUGUGUAUGACAGCUUCCUGGACCUCAGCGCGACCAUUCAGAUGAAAUACCACGCAAGAUCUCUCACUCCUGAAGAGAAGUAUUUUACUGUUUAUGUUGGUGAACCAAGCUUGCUGAAAGAUCUAAAGCUGGAAAGCUCUACCGUUGCCUCAGCAGGAAACGGUAAUAAUCCACCAUAUGCGAAUGAAAUAUCUCAUUCUCCGUCCAUGGUCGCCCAACAUAGAUAUCCAUCUGAAAAAUUUAUUCCUGCGUUCACGCCUCUCUCAUCCUCCCAUCCGGUUCCUGAGCAUAUCAUGCGUGGACUCAACAACUUCAGAUAUGACCCAAUAAUGCAGUCAAAUUUCUAUGUAUCGAGACAUGAAGAUGAAGGUCCUUCCGUCAACAGGUUCAACGAUUCACGGGAAUAUCAAAGCAAGGAAGGGAGGAUGUCUUACUUAUUCCGACUACAGCUUCCUCCCUCGACUUCUGCAAUUGAGACAGUACGACGACUUACCUUGUUCUACAAGAAAGAUACCCUACCUGAUGCUGUUACACUCAAAAUAAUCGCUUUCAGGCACUUAUGCGAAGCUCCGGCUCGCAAAAGCAUAUGGAAGGCGAACUCAGAGGAUGAAGCUGAUUUCGUGGAACAUCAUGAAGUGAAAGUCGGAGAUCUCCUCUACCAGGAUUGGACUAUUAGACAGCGCAACGGCAAGGCUCAAGAGAAUACCAAGAAGUUCGUGCAAGUGAACAUUCAUUUUGAGACAGUCACCGGCGUACCUCAAACAAACACGGCUACUGUCACCUCUACUCUGUUCAGCUUCCCACCUCCUUUAGCCGCAAAGCCAAUCUUAGGGGAGAAUGGUCAAGAAGUAUACAUCGAUCAACAUCUUGCGCAUUUCAAAAAACCACUCAGUAAACCUGUUAUGCAGUCCGAAGAUGUCGCUAAGCUAGCUGUUCCCUCUUGCAUAACUUGGAACAAGAUCCGAAACCUCGAGAAUAUACAGCUACCUACUAUCACUACCCAGUCGAAAGAUCAAGAAGAAAUGGCUUUAGCUAGUAAUACAUUCUCACCGGAAGAAGAGAGGUGGUCAUAUUAUGGUCACAAUCAGAAGGCAGGAAAAGCUAAACAGCUUCGCAAGGACGAGCAAGCUUCGAUCACUUAUCCGUCCUUCAUCCCUUCGUCUCAUGCGGAGCGCAACUCACACUCGUUCCUACGACAGUUAUUCGGGCCCCCGCCUUGCACACCGAGCUCUAUGCCACCUGGGUACAUGUCCAUGAUUUCACCCAACAAUUAUCAAGUGCCCGGACCGGUUCAACAAAUAGCGCCUUGGAUGAGCCCUUCUGGUCCCGGUUUCGUCUCCGUUCCGACCUCUCCUCACCCACUCUAUUUCGAAUUCCACGUUAUCGACUUCUACUUGAAACCCAUUGGACCGAGUCCGUGGGUGUUCUCCGAAUUGCCUACUACCGAUAUACUUCGAACGAUGUUGGGUCGUUAUAUCGGAGCAGAUAAUGCUCAAAAGAGUAGACUAUCGGUCUUGAACGACAAGAUCCAUACAGACUUGUUAUACGAGAGGUUCAUCACUUCGUUCUGGGAUGGUCACGGAGGAUGGGAAUGUUAUAAAAGAGGUCUACUUUCAAACCGGAUUCAAAUCCAGGUUUGGUCUUCCGGCGAAUUCGUCAAAGCCGAAACGGUACCUCCGCUUCCCAAGGAAAAUAUGCCACCUACUUGGGGCUCAAUGUCUAAGGAAGUAUCUAAUUUCUUCGACGACUCAUCUUCAAGUUUUGAAAAGAAAGACGAGCCUGUAGCCAGGUCGUCAUCAACUGGAGUCAAGGACGAUCUCUUGGCCGAAGAUGGUCCUAUUCCACGAGACAAUGUCAAGCUUGCUGGCCCUAAUCAACACUACGACUUAAAGGAGAAAAGCACCGGUAGAUUUGGAUUUAAGCUCGAAGAAACACUCGAAUCUCGAUCUGAGACGCCAGUCGACCCAUCCAUGCAUUCCAGCUUGCCUGAUGGAAAGGAUCUCGCGCCGGCUCCCGCCAAAGAGCUUCCAGCUCUUCCACCUGCUAUUCAUUCUAUCGACAUUGUACAAGAGGUACCAAACACUACCUCCGAACAUUCUCUUGAAAGGGUCACUUCUCGAGGCUAUCUGGAAGACCUGAUCUCUUCCUCUGGCAAUACGACCGCUUCGACUCGAUUAUUGCGAAUCAUGCAAGCUGAAUCGGUCAGUCCAGCAUCUUCACUCGGUCUCAAGCUCCUCGAUCUCGCCAAAGCACUGCGUACCGAUGGAGAGCUAGCUCCUUCCAAACCUGUCGAAAACACUACUACCAAUACGAAAGUGGAGAUCAUCGAAAAUCGACUCAACGAAUUUGCAGAUAUGCUCAAUCAUAUUGCUGAAAGUGUAGGAGUGGCCCUAGAUACUUCAUCAUCAUCAUCAUCAUCAUCAUCAUCACCAUCCACCAUUUCGGACGAGAUUGAAGACGAAGAUGGAUCAACUACAGCGACUGUGGGAGAAAUCCCGUCGGGAUUGUCGUUCUCACAGCUUGCUAUUGCAGGUCAACAAGUCAACGAAUCGAUCGAUGCUAUUCAAUCUCCCUACAGGACUACCGUAUCACUCUUGGAGACUCCUACCGUACCCUCUGCUAAAGCUGACCUUGGAAAAUUGGUUGAGGAAGCUGAGAAGUUGGAGAAAGAGGAGGUUAAUCAGAUUCAUACGCCAUCGGUUGCAGAACCUAAGGAUAUGGGAGGGGCGAGACUCCCGAAAUCAACCUCACACAUCCGCGCUCAUCCUGUACCAACCAAACAGCAAGACUAUGAACCAUCCAGAAACGAAUACGUUGCGAUGUCGCAUAGUCAAGUACAAGGAUUGGUCAACCCUUUCGCACCCCCGCCUCAAUUCGGUUAUUCCUACAGACCAUAUCCCAGAACUGGUUCUGAAGGCUACAGCCAAGUACCUGCUCCGACCAGCUUCCAUCAAGCACCAGGACAAGGAGGGAUGUUGCCUCAUUCGAGUGUAUAUCCCUCUUACCAUUCACAGUAUAUGUACAAUAAUUGGCACAAUGGGCCAUCGAAUAAUGGCGUUUCUGGUAAUUCACCUGGAUCUGGAGUAGGAGUAGCUUCUCAGCAUGGAAUAGGAGCGGGGGCAGGCCCAGGAGCAGGAUUUGGAUUCGCUCAAUAUAGUCAGGUCAACCCUUACGCUGGGUUGGGGAAUUGCCAAUACCAAGGAACGGCUUGGCCUAGGGGAUGA